CGGCCGUAGUAGAGGAGAACAUAGACAACCAUGGCGAUUAUCAAGGCAGGAAAGGUUGUUAUUGUCCUUGCCGGACGUCACGCUGGUAAAAAGGCAGUCGUUGUCAAGACCUUUGACGAUGGCACUAGUGACAAGAAGUUCUCGCAUAUUCUAAUUGCGGGCCUGGCACGAAACCCUCGAAUGGUUACGAAGGGAAUGAGCAAAGCUAAGGUUGAAAAGCGAAGCAAACAACUGAAGCCUUUUGUCAAAUACAUUAAUGUACGUCAUGUUUUCCCAACACGUUACGUCGUCGACAUGGAUUUGAAGAAAGCUGUCGACGAGGCUGAUCUUGUUGAUGCCGAGAGGAAGGUGGACGUCAAGAAAGGUCUCAAGAAACUUUUUUACGACCGAUACCUCAACCAGAAGGAGGUCACCAGUGAAAAGAAGUCACAAGGCAGUUCGUACUUUUUCCAGAAACUGCGAUUCUAAAAUAGAUCAUUGGGUGUACUCCAAGCCUUAGGAACUUCUUGCGCGUGCAUGUUUCAAUGCACAAGUUUAACCACAUACUUGAAAUUUGCGUACUAGG